GAUAUUUUUGUCAUUUGGGCGUUGACACUCAGACAUUGACACUGCAGCACGAAAUCACUAUGGUGGUGUCACUCGUAACGUCUCUUCCUCUGAUCUUGGUGAUCAUGACUGCAGGGGUUGAUGGUCAGCAGUAUUGGGCAGUGAAUUAUGGUCCUUCAUAUGUUUGUGCAUUAAAGGGAUCAAUAGUGAAAUUAUCCUGUGUUUUAAACUAUCCACAUGAUCAUGAGCGCAAAACAGCCUUCUGGACCAAAACUGCUGUAACUGAUGGAGAUCCACCGAACCUGUGUUCAGACCCAGAAAACAGAGGAGCUCAGUGUGACAGUGAAUAUAAAGACAUUUACAAUAUCACUUUGACUGAUGUAACAGAAGCUGAUAAACACAUCUACUACUGCAGAUUCACUACAAACAGAGGAACAUGGACAGCGAUUCCUGGAGCUCAGCUGGACGUCACAGAUCUGCAGGUGGAGACACAGCAGAGUGUGAAAGAGAGAGAUUCAGUCACUCUGAGAUGUAAAAGCAGCUGCUCUCUGCCUCAACAAACAACAUUCAUCUGGUACAGAAAUACACAGAGAUUAACUCCAGGAAUCAUCUCAGAGAAUCAGCUUCAGCUGCAGUCAGUCAGUCGUCAUGAUUCAGGAAACUAUCAGUGUGCUGUUUCAGGAUAUCAACAUCUGAUCUCUCCACCUGUUAAUCUCAAAGUAGGAUGGGAUGUUGGCCAGCAGGAUUGGGGAGUGAGUUACAGCCCUUCAUAUAUUUGUGCAUUAAAGGGAUCAACAGUGAAACUGUCCUGUACUGUAAAAUAUCCUCAUAAUCAUCAGCUCACAUCAGUCUUCUGGACCAAACCUGCUGUAGCUGUUACAGAAACCCCUGACCUGUGUUCAGACCCAGUAAACAGAGGAAGAGUUCAGUGUGUCCGUGAAUAUAAAGACACUUACAUAAUCACUUUGAAGAGUGUAACAGAAGCUGAUAAACACAUCUACUACUGCAGAUUCACUACAAACACUGGGGGUGGAAAAUGGACGGGGGUUCCUGGAGCUCAGCUGGACGUCACAGAUCUGCAGGUGGAGACACAGCAGAGUGUGAAAGAGAGAGAUUCAGUCACUCUGAGAUGUAAAAGCAGCUGCUCUCUGCCUCAACAAACAACAUUCAUCUGGUACAGAAACACACAGAGAGUAACUCCAGGAAUCAUCUCAGAGAAUCAGCUUCAGCUGCGGUCAGUCAGUCGUCAUGAUUCAGGAAACUAUCGGUGUGCUGUUUCAGGAUAUCAACAUCUGAUCUCUCCACCUGUUUAUCUUAAUGUUGAAUAUCCUCCAAAGAGCGUCUCUGUGUCCAUCAGUGCGUCUGGUGAAAUAGUGGAGGGAGAUUCAGUGACUCUGAGCUGCAGCAGUGACUCAAACCCUCCUGCUCUGAUCUUCAGCUGGUUUAAAGGAGGAAAGUCUGUAGGAUCUGGAAGAAUCUAUAACAUUUCAAAGAUCAGCUCUGAUCACAGUGGAGAAUACAAGUGCAUAUCCAGAAAUAAACAUGGAGAGAAAGACUCUGAUGCUGUGACUUUAAAUAUCACGUACAAACCAAAGAAUGUCUCAGUGUCCAUAAAUGGAUCUGCUGAAAUAGUGAAGGGAGAUUCAGUGACUCUGAGCUGCAGCAGUGACUCAAACCCUCCUGCUCUGAUCUUCAGCUGGUUUAAGGAGAAUCAAACCUCAGCUGUUGGAUCUGGACAGAGUUUCAUCAUCUCCAGCUUUAACUCCAGUCACAGUGGACGCUACUAUUGUGAGGCUCAGAAUCAACAUGGAUCUCAGAGAUCAGCGUCUGUUUCAGUCUCUGUUAAAGGGGCUCAGAGAGCUGCUCUGCACACAGUUACUGGGAUUGUGACGGGAUGUGGAGGAUUGAUCUUCAUCAUCAUCAUCAUUGUGUUUAUUAAGAAAAAGAGGAGAGAUGGUGGCGCUAAAGUUGUCGGACAAAAUCAGCAGGAUGAUCGUGCUGGCAGAUCAGCAGAAACGGCUUCGACCGAUGACGUUCCAGUGUAUUCACUAGUAUCAGCCAAUCAGGGGGAUGAUCUGUAUGCCAACAUUAAAGCGAAGAAACCCAAACGCUCUGGGAGAGAUCAAACAGAAAAAGACUCUAGAGAUGUUGAAGACAUUCAGUAUGCCAGUGUCCAUCAGUUCAAGAAGAAAGACAUGAACAAGACUGAAGAGACCAUUGAGAUGCAGUAUCCGUCUGAUGCCAACAGAUCUGAGGAUGUGAUCUACAGCUCAGUCAAAUGAAGAACAUGUGGUCAAGCCGCGUCACUGAUGCUCAUGUGAGACCUGGAUUUGAGUCCAGCCCAGGUCUUGUUCCAGCUCUGUCUGCGCUUGAUUUCACCCAUUUACACAUUUAUGGGACUGUUCUGCUGUUUGGACAUUAAUGGCUUUCAGUUUAAAAUCCACUUGUUUAUGAUCUUAAUUGAUUGUGAAUAUCACACACACUGCCUUCACUCCACACUCACACAUGAACACCGCUCAGACCUGUAAUAGUAAAAGGCCUUUUAGCUCUCGCUUUGUACAGUCAAUGUAGAACAAAUGUUUUAUUUUUUGUGUUCAUACUGUGUGAUUUUAUUGCUAAAUGCAUUCAAUUUUAACAUUGUCAGAAAGUGUCCAUUAUGACAUCAUUGUUAUGACAAUUUAGCACAUUUUACAUUUAACUGCUGCUCUGGUCUAUUUGCCUAUAAAUAGCCUAACCAAGUUCUAAUAAUUUCCAGCUACCUGCUUAUAAGACAUAUUUUUUUCAGAUAUCUAUUAUUAUUUUGUUAUUGGGACACACACAUGUUUGUGGCAAUCACCUGUAACCAGAAUUUUAACCAUUUAAAAUGAAUUAAAGUUGCAAAAAAAUUACAAUAGAAGGCAACAAGCUUUACACGGUAAAUUGAUGAGUUGAUUUACCUGCCUCUGGUAAUAGAGCCUUUUAGAUGGAUGCUGAGGCUUUUUACGUUGGUUAGAAUCUGCAAUCUCUGACUCAGCGUAUUGCAGCCAUGGAACCCAUUAAACGCACUGUGUAUGCCACCAAUUGGCAACCUGGGGUGUCGAAAUACUAUUGGGUAAACUGGCAGUGUGUGGAAUCAAACAGACCAAAACAAAAAAAGACAUUCCGACACAGAACCAGUGCUGCCAAGUCUACAGUAUUUCGGUGGAAUUGGGCUAGUUUUAUACUGCUGCCAUGGGUUUUUUAUUUUUUUAUUUUUUUUUGUCCAUGGGUUGAAGCAAAGGCCUUCACUCCCCAGGAAUGUGAUUUUGACCAAGGUGGAACCCUGUGUUGUAUACAAACAGUCUUUUCAGCAUUUCAUGGGAAUGCUCCAGGUACUAACAUAACCUUGGGUUGAAAUAACGGUAAUGAGCAUUGCGUAUACAAUGCUAGAGGUUAAACUCUGUUUUCUCAGAAUACUGAAGCAUGAUUUGUUAAUGUUCUUGUAGCCAUAGGCGGAUUAACCAUAUGGGCAAUUGGGCAAGUGCCCAGGGGCACCACGCAAAUAAAUUGAUUCUAGGAGCAUACUGUGUGGUGUCGCGCAACUCCCGUCUCUUCAACUGAAAUGAAACUGCCUCACUCAUGGAUGUGUGAAUCCGCUACGGAGCGUCGGCCUUGCGCUUUCACAUUGUACUUUGCAGCCAUUGGCAAUCAAGAAAGGGGUUAAGUGUAAACAAGUUUUAUUUUCAGUUCAAAUCCUCACAAAACUAUGUAGCUAUAGUGUUUAACAAAUGUAUUAGACCACCCGUCAAAAACUUGUUUUACUAAAAAUUGUAUGGUCAUUAACCUCUUAACUGUCACCGUCCACCCUGUGGGACGCCUACCUUUACUUCACUAUUUUACAAUUAAAUCCUAAUCUAAUCAUGACAAACUAUAUAUCGUUGGAAAGGUCUAAGACUCCUAAAUAGGUAUUUUACCACUUUUUCUGUUAAAAAAUUAUGUAGGAAAAGUAAUAGAUUAAUUUAUGACCAGAGGUG